UGGCCGUUUGCGGAGGAGUCGGGAGGCAAGAAACCGAAUGCCCAGGUGACUGCUGAGGUAUAUGCUUUAAUAAUACGUGGACUGCAAUGUCUAAGACUUCAUCACUAUACACAAAAGGACCAGAAGAUCACUUUUCUUCGUCAAGAACAGUUCUUAUUAUUCUUCUGACACAAAAUGCCCAGAAGAUCAUAUUUGGUGUCGCCCACUGACAAUAGACCAUUCCACAUGAAUAGCUACGAAAGAGGUGCCAUGACAUGACAUUCCGCCUCCGCAUGUUCUCUUUGAAAAUGGGCCUCCACUUGCUUUCUUCAAAAAUACAGCAACUCGAUGAGGCGAUCCAGCAGCUGAAGAAAUGGGGCCCCCGUGUCGAGACUGAGACCUCCAACUUGCAACAAAUGAGGAAGGAUAGGCUGGACCCAUCUCACACGGAUGAUCUUGAGUUACGAUCUGAAUACCUCUUAGACUGUGAAGAUGACAGUGAUGCAUACGUAUAAUCUGGUGCUCGUCUCAUUAGUUCAAAGAGGGUGCCAUCCGUAUACGGUAGAGCGCCAUGUCUCUAAGGUCUAGGAUAUAGUAUACUUUUAUAUACAAGACGCCGGCCAUGUCGUUAGGCCGGAGGAACAAGCGCCAAGCCCUCAGGCACAAAACGGCAAGAGACUGCACCUCUGGGAAGUUAUCGGCCUAACAAAUACAUCGGGAAAGGCGUGGGCGCGCUUGUGUGUGUGUGUGUGGCUCAGUGUGUGGGUGUAGCUUUGUGCGUUUGUGUGUGGCUGGGGCUGGGGCUGUGUGUGUGUGUGUCCUGUGGCGGGGACUGUGCCGUGGCUGUGGCUGGCCUUUAGAAAAAAAAGCGGGCCUUUGGAGAAAAAUUUGGCCGGGGAAAAAAAGUUGGCCUUUAGAAAAUACAACGGCCCGGGAAAAAAAAAGAAAAACGGGUUUGGUAAAAAAACUGGCUUUGAAAAAUCAAGUCGAAAAACCCAAGUCUAGGUUGUUAUUUUAUCUCGGAAGAUGAUGGGACAUCUUCGCAGCAGUGUUGGGGAAAGCACCUCCGGAUUGUAAAGAUGGAGCAUCUUCUUCAAUAAGUCUUGUCUCUCAGUGCUCAUGGGUUAUUUCAUUCACCUACACCCAGGACUAAGGUCGUGUAAAUCAGUCUUCUACGCUCUUCGGAUAAAAUUGCUACUCACCUACAUCUUAGGAAUGGGAGGGUGGGUCAAGUUUGCUCUCCAACAUCUUGACUAUGAAUAUGAAAUAUACAGUAGUACUUUGAUUGAUCGCAAACUAGCAUAGAACAGCUUCCUAUUACUAUUUCUCUUGCUAGAACUUGCUAUUGCCAUAGUGUACGCCGUGAAGAGUUCUAAUAAAGCUGCUGUCGAGCUAUACCAGUUGGAUAUUGGA